AACUCGUGUGGAGAUGGAGGAGUCGGAGCCUGAGGAUAUUUUAGAUGACUGGUUCAUCGAGUCUUUAAAAACGUAUGAAGAUCUUCAUGUGUUCCAGUUGGAACAUCCCACCCAGGUCAUCGAGUGGACCUCUGGGAAAACCGUCUGCGUCGCAGGUUACAGCCCGUCAAAAAAUGAAAUGUUGGAGCUUCGUCUGCCGCUGAAACUUUAUGCCGAUGAAAAUCAGGGCCUCUGUGCUGAGCGAGACUUCAAAGUCGCCCAUGGGGGUUUCACGGACGGCCCCGUCCGGCACCUCAAACACAUCCCGGGAACACGGUGUGUUGUGACUAAUGAUGGGCUGAGCUCUGACCUGCGGCUGUGGGAGCUCGGAGGAGACGACAGCGACGUGAUCAGAAGAACAGGAAGCCUGGAGGGCGGGCGGAGCGCUCCGGGCAGCGGCAGCAGGAUCGCCGCUCCGCUCUCUUCACCACCGCAGGUCCUCCAUGGAGCUCAGAGCGGCGACGUCCAGCUGACCGAGGUGACUUCAGGACAGAGGAUUUACCGACUGGAGACCGACUCAGCAGAUCCUCUGAGUUCAUUACAGUUUGUGAACGACUCGGUUUUCCUCGCCAGCUGCUGUAACGGGCGCCUUCACAUUGCUGACACUCGUAAACCAGGCGCGUCUCAGUCCUCGCCUCCGCCGCCUUCCCCGGGAGAAUCCGUCCUCUGGUGGACAGACGUGUCCGCAGGUCCACACGUGUCCAGCUGCAAAGCCGUCCGGUUGUCUUCUUCGGGACGGGCGGUUGUGUCGGACUUCAGGAACCCAGGAGAAGCCGUGAGUCGGGCUCAGCUGGACGUCCAGACCCGCCGCUGCAGCCCGGACCGCAUCGACGUGUCGUGGGCUCCAGCUCUGGACGACUGCGUGUCGGUGUCAGGCUUCAGUGGGGUGGUUCAGCUCUACGACACGUCUGCGUGGACCAUGGAGCCGCGGGACGCCCGGCCGCUCUUCCAGCACCGCGGCCACGCUGUUUCCUCGCCGCAGGCCGACGGAGGCACCCCCGUCUUGGUCACUUCGCACGCGUGGCACCCCGAGCGCCCGCGGACGCUGCUGUCCGCCGCCUCCGACGGCUCCCUCCACGUCUGGGACUGGGUGCACCCGGAUCGAUGAGCCGCCGAUCGUCCGCGGACUUAAAUGGAUGAAAUGAAUCCCAGCGAGGUUCUGCUGGAUUGAAGCCGCAGCGGAGGCCUGGAGCUGAGCGAAGACGGCUUGUGAUCAAACGUCUGCAGGAGUGAAUCCCGCAGCCUGUGGCUCUGUGAGCACGACCUUUGACCCCCCCCAGCUGCGGGUUAUAAAUAUAGAGGCCAAAUUUCAGUCUGUAUUCAUUCUAUAUGUGACCAAUAAAACAUUUUUCUACUGCUUCUGCUGCUGUCAUUU